UGUAGCAACAGAGGAGCUACCGGCGUGCUCGACCCGGGACAACCGGGUUCCCUCCCUCGCCGCGUUCCGCAGCUCUCACGCACCUCCCUAUUAGCGUUACCGCCCCCGGGGCCCUGAGCAGCAUGAGAGUAGUGGCUUUAAUCAGUGGUGGGAAAGACAGCUGUUAUAAUAUGAUGCAGUGUGCUGCUGCUGGACAUCAGAUUGUUGCUCUGGCCAACUUAAGACCUGCUGAAAACACAGGGCAGACUGAUGAAUUGGACAGCUAUAUGUACCAAACAGUAGGACACCAUGCCAUUGACCUGUAUGCUGAUGCAUUAGAUUUGCCACUCUAUCGUGGUUUCAUAAAGGGUACCAGUAUAAAUACUGGAAGAGUGUAUACCGCAUGUCAGGAAGAUGAAGUUGAAGACCUUUACCACCUCAUGAAACUUGUCAAGGACAAAGAAGGAGUGGAGGGUGUAUCUGUGGGAGCCAUUCUUUCUGACUACCAGAGAGUUCGAGUUGAAGAUGUUUGCAGAAGGCUUAAUCUUCAGCCUUUAGCUUACCUUUGGCGUCGGAACCAGGAAAUACUGCUUAAAGAAAUGAUAUCAUCUAACAUUCAAGCCAUAAUCAUAAAAGUGGCAGCUUUUGGUUUAGAUCCAGAGAAGCAUUUAGGAAAAACUCUGGAUCAAAUGGUGCCUCAUCUUUUGGAACUUUCUGAGAAAUACGGAGUCCAUGUUUGCGGAGAAGGUGGAGAAUACGAAACAUUCACUCUGGACUGCCCUCUAUUUAAGAAGAAAAUAGUUGUAGAUUCAGCUGAGGUGGUUGUGCAUUCGGCUGAUGCAUUUGCACCUGUGGCCUACCUUCAUUUUUUAGAAUUACACCUGGAGAAUAAGGAGGAAUCUUCAGGUAUGUUUAUGGUCAACAGCUGUUCUUGUGAGGUAACCUGCAAUGGUGAUGAUGAUAUUUUCCCAUCAUCAGAAGAGGAUGAACCACAGAAAAACAUUCCAGUCAUCUGGAAGUCUUUGAACCAUAAUUAUUUGGAUUUCACUAAGACUUUUGGAAAAUCAGGAAAAUCUCUGAGUGGUUACCAGUGGUUUUCAGGUAUCACUGCUCACUUCCUUCCAUCAAAAGGGAGAAAUGCUCAAGAGGCAGCAAUGGAAGCAUUUUCUUCUCUUCGAGCUAAUAUGACUUCAGAGGGAUUGAAACCAAAGGAUAUUAUUUUGGUUCAUCUGUAUAUGAAGAGCAUGAAAGAUUUCAAUGUUAUAAAUUCAGUUUAUGUGACAGAAUUCGAUUUGUGUCCACCAGCAAGAGUAUGUGUGGAAACCCUGUUACCUGAUGGAGUGCUAUUUUGCAUUGACUGCCUUGCACAUAAAUAUGACAUUGCAGCAGAUGAUGUGUUACGUGAUGAAAAACUGGUCAUGCAUGUACAGAGCAUUUCCCACUGGGCACCUGCUAACAUUGGACCUUACAGUCAGUCCAUCAAGAUUGGAGAUGUUCUCUACUCUUCUGGACAGAUUGCUCUAGUACCUUGUACGAUGCAGCUUGUGAGUGGUGGCAUAAGGACUGAGGCCACAGUUUCCCUGCGUCAUGUUGGGCGAGUUCUUCAAGCUAUGAGCCACAACACUGAACUCCACCAUAUCAUCACAGCCAGCUGCUAUGUAACUGAGAGCAAGCACAUUCCUAUUGCUCACUCUCUAUGGCAGAAGAAAUUAGGAGAACAUAAAAAGGUUGAAGAUUUGGAGACAUAUCGUGAUGCAGCUGCAGUGUGUGGGCUGCUUACUGUGGUUGUAAUAUCUCACCUACCCAGAGAUGCUGCCAUCGAAUGGCAUGUUGUUGCAGUAAUUGAUGAUCCACUCCAAAGAAAACAUUUUGCAAUGAAGAUGUUGUCAGAGUGCUUCCAAAUUGAGUGUGAAACUGUGGAGUCUAGUUCUGCAUCUUGUGCAUCAAUCUCCUUACGUCUCAGCUUGAUUUCACCAUCCACUUCCCAGCUUGAUCUAGAUGGACCUCUUCAUGACUUAGUUCAUAUGUUUAGACAAGCUGUUGAGAAACUUUCAGAAGACUGCAGCGCAAGUCCUUUGUCUUUUAGAGCUUUCUUCAAGGAUGAUAUCUUUGAUGCUGAAACACUACAAAUAGGACUGCAAGAAUGCCUUGAAAAAUAUUUGGGCAAGAAGGCCCCAGCUCUGAUUUUGGUACCUGUGGUGGAUUUACCUGGCAAGGAAGUAAUCCAUAUAACAUGCUGGCUAAGCUAGUAGUUUGAAAGAGAUGAGUUUUUAUCAAAACACACAUUCCAUCCGGGAGAGAACAAAGAAAAUAAUUGAUCAUACAUGUGUUGGAUACUUUCAUUAAGCAAUAUUUUUUUAUUUAAGCAAAGUCAUAGUUAGCUUGUUAAUGAUGCCUUACGACAUGCGACACAGUCAGCUUUGUGUGAACAAUAAAGGUUUCUUUUCAAAAUA